AUGGAGGGUGGAGAAGAAAAGCAGGAGGGCGGCGGGGGAGUGGAGGAAGAUGUUGUUCUUCGUCGUCGUUGUCUGUUUCUUCUGCAGGCAUUUACGUUGUCCGCGAUGAUAAUCAACCUCUCCUUCGAUCUCACCAUGUCAUCUCCGGCUGCCAUACGUCGCGGCGGCGGAGCUGUUUCCUCCUCCACCACCGCCGGCCCUUCGACAGCUGAUUCUUCUUCUGGUGGUGAUGAAGAGGAUCCGUACAUUGUGAUUUACUAUUUGGUUGUGUUGUUCAGCACUUUGGGGAUCGUUUCGGGGAUUUAUGACCUCUUCUUUCGCAGAUUGUAG